CGUGACGUCUGAACGAGAGGACGCGGGUCUUCCCGAGAGUGCGCAGUGGGGUCGGUCGGUCGGUCGGCUGGCUGGCUGUGAGCAGUCAGACUAGGCCCGAGACUGGAAGCGACGCGGAGAUGGGGGCGGCGGCCGCCGAGGCCGACCGCACUCUGUUUGUGGGCAACCUGGAGACGAAGGUGACGGAGGAGCUCCUCUUCGAGCUGUUCCACCAGGCUGGGCCAGUAAUAAAGGUGAAAAUCCCAAAAGAUAAAGAUGGCAAACUGAAACAGUUUGCAUUUGUGAAUUUCAAACACGAAGUGUCCGUUCCUUACGCCAUGAAUCUUCUCAAUGGAAUCAAACUUUUCGGGAGGCCUAUCAAAAUUCAGUUUAGAUCAGGAAGUAGUCACGCCUCUCAGGAUGCCAGUGUGUCAUAUCCCCAGCAUCAUGUUGGAAAUUUAAGCCCCACCUCCACAUCUCCUAACAGCUAUGAAAGGACGGUGGGUAACGUAACUCCAUCAGCACAGAUGGUUCAGAGGUCCUUCUCUUCUCCAGAAGAUUAUCAGCGGCAAGCAGUAAUGAACAAUGUUUUCAGACAGAUGUCAUAUGUUGGGAAAUUUGGUUCUCCACAUGCAGAUCAGUCGGGAUUUUCGCCAUCAGGUCAACCACACGCUCAUACCUUUAACCAGUCUUCCAGCUCCCAGUGGCGCCAAGAUGCACUGUCAUUACAGCGUAAAAGACAGAAUUCUCACCCCUACCUAGGAGAUAGACACUAUAGCCGUGAGCAACGCUACUCUGAUCAUGGGUCUGACUAUCAUUACAGAGGAGGCCGAGAGGAUUUCUACUAUGACGACAGGAAUCAUAAUGACUGGAGCCAUGACUAUGAUAACAGAAGAGACAGUAGUAGAGGUGGGAAAUGGCCCUCAUCUCGACACUAACAAGCAUUCCAAGGACAUUGUUUACAGGGCCAUUUUAGGCCCUUUUAAUUAAGUCAUUCAGGAAGUAUUUCUAAAAACUGUACAGAGUAGCCCCACAAUUUUCCACCUGUCUUUGAAAAAAAAAUUUUUGAACCCGGCAGCAGUUUCAUAGAGAACUGGGAACCGUGGCUCCACAUUUGUCACUUCAGUUACCUUCCCUCAGGGUUUCAGAAGAGGAAGGAUUUUAUACAAGAGAAUGGGCCACCAUGCCAGUCAUUUCAGCCUAGGAAAGAUGAACUGUAUAGAUUGGUUGAUUAUAAAGCAAAUAUUUGAGUUAUCUCACCCUUUUGUGUUGCAAGAAAUUUCUUGGUAAUGAAAUCAUUUUGCUGUAUAUAGUAGGAAACAUCCAAGUUGGUAGUCUGAAAUGGCUAUCUGCAUUUUAUUAAUAAAUGAGAAAAUAGGA